GCGCUGACGGUGAAAGGUGCGGGGCUCCCGGGUCCCCUGCACCACGCGCCCGCGCUCCCGCGCUGUGUUCCGGGCUAUGCCUCCGCUCUGGGCCCUGCUGGCCCUCGGCUGCCUGCGGCUUGGCGUGGGUGUGAACCUCCAGCCCCAACUGGCCAGCAUGACCUUUGCCACCAACAACCCCACGCUCACCACUGUGGCCUUGGAAAAGCCUCUCUGCAUGUUUGACAGCUCAGUGGCCCUCGACGGCACCUAUGAGAUCUACCUCUAUGUCCUUGUCGACCUAGCGAGCUCCAGGAACGCCUCCGUGCAGGAUGACAGCAGGACUCCCCUAAGCUCCACAUUCCAGCAGACGGAGGGAGGGAGGACAGGCCCCUACAAGGCUGUGGCCUUUGACCUGUCCCCCUGCAGCGACUUGCCCAGCUUGGAUGCCCUAGGGGACGUGGCCCGGGUCUCGGAAAUCCUGAAUGCGUACCUCGUCAGGGUGGGUGCCAACGGGACCUGCCUGUCAGACCCCAACUUCCGGGGCCCCUGUAACCCGCCCCUGUCAGCAGCCACGGAAUACAGGUUCAAGUACGUCCUUGUCAACAUGUCCACGGGCUUGGUACAGGACCAGACCCUGUGGUCAGACCCCAUCCGCACCAACCGGCUCACCCCAUACUCAGCGAUCGACACGUGGCCCGGCCGGAGAAGCGGAGGCAUGGUCGUCAUCACGUCCAUCUUGGGCUCCCUGCCCUUCUUCCUGCUCGUCGCCUUUGCCGGUGCCAUCGUCCUCAGCCUUUUGGACACAGGCAGCUCGGACAGGGAAACGACACACGACUCCCAGAUCACGCAGGAGGCCGUCCCCAGGUCCCUGGGGACCUCGGAGGCUGCGUACACAUCUGUGAACCGGGGGCCGCCGCUGGACCGGGCCGAGGUGUACACCAGCAAGCUCCAGGACUGAACCCGGGCUCCAACCCCAGGCGGCCACACUGUCCUGGCUGGCCUCACCCUGGGGACAGUG